AUGUCUGGCCGCGUCGGCGAAAGCAGCAGCCGCCGCCGCCGCACCGCGGCGAAGCCCCCGCGCUGCGACCGCAGCAUCACCGUCUUCUCCCCCGAGGGCCGCGUCUUCCAAGUCGACUACGCCCGCAACUCCGUGAAGCUGGAGGGGAUCACCUCCGUCGCCGUGCGCGGCGCCGACUCCGUCUGCGUCAUCACCCAGCGGACCAAGGCACCGGCGGACCCGUUGCUGGACACAGCGGACCCCGCCUUCAUGCACCUGUUCCAGAUCACCGAGCGGCUUGGUAUGCUGGCCACGGGAAUGCCAGCUGACGGGAGAGCAUUAGCUCAGCAGGCAAGGAACGAAGCUGCAGGGUUCCGUCACAAGUGGGGAUAUGAAAUGCCUCCUAAGAUGUUGGCGCAAUGGUUGGGAGACAGAGCACAAGUUCGCACCCAGCAUGCUGGCAUGAGACCUUACAGAGUUGUUGCUACGGUCGUGGGAAUUGAUGAAGAGAAAGGAACUCCAGAUCUCUUUACAUGUGAUCCUGCUGGACAAGUCCUUGGCCACAAGGCAACCAGCGUAGGUCUCAAGGACCAGGAAGCUAUCGAGUUUCUCGAGGAAGCAAUGGCGGCCAAUUCUUCUUUAUCAUUCCAGGAAACCAUGGAGAUGGCAGUGUCUGCACUGCGACACGUCCUGGAGGAUAAUAGCCAAGGCCAUGACAUCGAGGUGGGAGUUGUCAGGAAGAAUUAUCCGAUCUUCAGAACGGUGUUGAGGCGCAUCUACAAAAAUCCGCUUGCAGGGCAGAGCAUCCUGGAUGGAGAAGGCCAGUAA